AAUUUCAACAUUAACAUGAGAGUUCAUACUGGAGUGAAACAGUUCACAUGUGAUCAGUGCGGGAAGAGUUUCUCACAAUCAUCACACCUUAAGGAUCACAUAAACAUUCACACUGGAGAGAAACCAUACAAGUGUUCACAUUGUGACAAGAGAUUCAGUCGGUCAGGAAAUCUGAAAACACAUGAGAGGAUCCACACUGGAGAGAAACCGCACACAUGUGAUCAGUGCGGGAAGAGUUUCACAAUAAAAGGACAACUUUCAGCACAUAUGAGAGUUCAUACUGGAGAGAAACCAUACACAUGUGAUCAAUGUGGGACAAGUUUCACACAAGCAGGACAUCUUAAGAAUCACAUGAAGAUCCACACUAGAGAGAAACUGAACACAUGUGAUCAGUGCGGGAAUAUGUUUUUAAAUGCUUCAGCCCUAAAGCAGCACAUGAAUGUUCAUACAAAGGAGAAACCACAUUCAUGUCAUUUGUGUGGAAAGAGUUUUUUAUGUCUACAAAGUUUGAAAGAACAUCAGAAAUUGCAUACUGCUGUGAGAGAGUACAUGUGCUUUGAAUGUGAAAAGACUUUUACUUCAGCUAAGUGUUUAAAACUGCACCUGAGGAUCCACACUGGAGAAAAACCUUACAAGUGUUCACACUGUGACAAGAGAUUCAAUCAGUCAGCAACCCUGAAAAAACAUGAGAGGCUCCACACGGGAGAGAAACCGUAUCCCUGCACCGCAUGUGGGAAGUGUUUCAAUAAUUCAUCUGCUUUACACAGACACACAAAAAACAUUCACAGUAAAUAGAUCAUCUUCAGAUCCAGCACUUUCAGAUCUGAUGCUCUGUCCUUAACAAAUGUGACACAAUAAUGAAUCAAGCAAUAAAAUAUAAUCCGGAUAAAUCAAUCCAUUACAAGCGACAUGACAAAGAAACAUUAUCCUUUUUUUUUUUUUUUUUUUUUUU